GCGGUGAGGAGGUGGCAGCGGGCUGGGAGCAGGAGUUUCACCUCCUCCACUUACAAACCAAACCUUCAGCCGGGGCAGGAGCCUCCUCUGGGACUCAUACGGAGUUGGACUUUUUUCUUUUGCUAAGGUUUUCUCUCCUUAUUUCGUAACUUGCCUGCGGGGUUUCCCCGAGGCGGACGCCGGGGACCGGUGCGCAUCUGCGGGGAGAGACCUGCAGGAGCUCCCGGAGGGGAGGUCUGACUGCAGCAUCAACCACACAUUCCUGCAGCUGCAGCUGCAGCAUGCAGUGAGAGGAUCCCCCCCCUGGUUCACAUGCAUCCCCUCAUCCCGCAGUGAACGAAGAGUCGGAGGGGAGGAGGAGGAGGCUUUUAUGGGAGAUUUCUCGGGUUUGCAUCGCCCCAUUGUUCCAAACUUGUGUCCAGGAUGGGGAAGGAGCAGGACCUGCUGGAGGCGGCUCGCACUGGGAAUGUUGCUCUGGUGGAGAAACUGUUGACUGGGAAGAAAGGAAUACUGGGGUCCGGUUCCGGCUCCAUCCCUCUCCCCAACCUACUGAGCAUGUGGAAGGGCCUGAAUGUGAACUGCACAGACAGCACAGGAUACACACCUUUACAUCAUGCGUCGCUCAACGGACACAGGGACGUGGUGCUGAAACUGCUGCAGUUUGAGGCGUCGACCAGUGUGGCCGACAGUAAGGGCUGUUUCCCGCUGCACUUGGCUGCCUGGAGGGGGGACGUGGACAUCGUCCGGAUCCUCAUCCACCACGGCCCUACACACUGCCGGGUGAACCAGCAGAACCAUGAGAGGGAGACGGCCCUCCACUGCUCAGCCCAGUACGGACACUCUGAGGUGGUUUCAGUGCUGCUGCAGGAGCUGACCGACCCCACCAUGAGAAACAACCGGCAGGAGACGCCGCUGGACCUGGCAGCACUUUAUGGACGACUACAGGUGGUUCGCAUGCUGGUCAACGCCCACCCCAACCUCAUGACCAGCCACACUCGCCUGCACACGCCGCUGCACCUGGCCGCACGCAACGGACACCACAGCACGGUGCAGACGCUGCUGGACGCCGGCAUGGACGUCAACUGCUCGACUGAGAAUGGCAGUGCCCUCCAUGAGGCGGCGCUCUUCGGGAAGAUGGACGUAGUUCGCCUUCUGCUCCACUCAGGGAUCGACACGGAUCUGAAAGACAGUCAGGGGAGAACGGCUCUGGAGAUUCUCCGAGAACACCCUGCACCCAAAUCUCAGCAGAUCACCGCUCUCAUCCAAGAGUAUAUGAUGGAUGAGAUGGAAAAGCUGAGCGUUGUGGACGAGCCGGUCCGCAAGUGUCCUGUACCUGCACCUCGAACCUCUGUCUCUUCGCCUGCUGCCUCCCCUUCCCUCAGACACAAAAAUGACGCCAUGACAAGCGAGCUGUCCAAACUGCUCCACGAGAUCAAGAAGUGCCGGGACAGGGACUACUCCUUCGAGGAGCUCUGCCACACCAUCUCCUCCCACUCCAUGGACAGCUUUGGCAGCGGACGCACGUCUGACGAGGAGCACCCGGAUAAACCCAACGGCACCCUGACUCGAAGCGGAAAGCGGCCGACCCCGCCCGUCGCCCCCGCCGAGGAGGAGGAAGAGGCAGAAAGGACUUGCGGCCCCGCGGGACUCUGGGAGGCUCUGACUCCCUGCAACGGCUGCCGCAACCUUGGAUUUUCCAGUUUGUCGCAGGAGUCCAAGCUUUCAGCAGAGGUCGUCACCUCUCCGUCGCUGGACGUUUUCCUGCCCGAAGACGAAGACAACCCGUACGAGUCGGUGACCACCGCCGUCACGCGCAAGCCCAGCUCCCUGGACAUCAACCACCAGCUCAGCUCCUGCUCACGCAACGGUCACUUGUCCCAUGUAACGGCGAGUGAGGGGGAGCACGGUAACCAUGACAACUGCUCAACAGGGCCCACACCAGACUGCUCGCCCCCCUCCCCUGACACGGCCCUGAAGAACAUCGAGAGAGUCAUCCGCCCACAGCCCAAGCAGCGCACCUCUCUGUCCUCGUCCCUGGACGUGCAGAGGCCCGUCAACCACAGCUGUGAGCCCAGCGAGGUGAGCUCGUCCCUGGGCUACGCCAGCUUCAGCACCAGCCCCCCCGCCAGCCCUCCUCUCAGCCCCAACCAGGAGGACUCUGCAGGCUCUAACGACGACUGUCAUCUCACAGACGACGGGCCGUACCAGCGAGAGCCUCCUCCUCCUGCACCUGCUCCUCCUCUCUGCUCUUCCUCCAAGUCCAACCCUCUGCUGGAGGAGCACAGGAAGAGCCACAUCCCCGAGGAGUUUGCUGGUCUUCUUCAUGGCUCUUCCCCGGCUUGUGAAGCCCCCGACACACUUUACCACCUUUACAGCCCCAAACAGUUCAAGUAUCCCUGUGGGGAUGACCAGGGCGGCCUGCUGCAGACGCCGGAGUUCAAUACUGUGAUCGGCGGAGGAGCUUCCCAGGGCUGCUCCGGCACAGGAAGCCCUUCCUCUCCUCAGAGGCCGGCCGGAGACUUUCCCAAGCCACAGGUCGUGUACCGGACCGUCUUCCACACCAAGAUCAACCAGGACCAGGUCAAGCCCAGGAACUAUGAGCAGGUGGAUCCCCCUCGCGGAUGGUCCACUCUGAGCCACCCGCCCUCGUACUCUGGACACAACGGAGAGGUUCCGGGGCUGAAGGGGAUUCACGCCAAGGACGGCCCGUCUGGAGCCGGCUACGAAGAGAGGGCUUGUACGUUGGGGAGGAUGAGAUCCAUGCCCCGCAGCGUGUUGGACCUCCAGCUGAACAAGUCCCUGUCCAAGUCCGACUCCAACCUGGUGUCCGUGUCUCCGGUGCAGGAGGAGCACAGUUGGGGGUCUGGAUCCCGGGGUCAGGGUCCUGGAAGUCCCAGCCCGCUGGCGGGGGCCAGUCCUGAGAGAAGACUGGAGCGAACCCCCUCCUUCACCGCCGAGUGGGAGGAGAUCGACAAGAUCAUGAGCUCCAUCGGGGCGGGAAUCGGCAGCGGGCUGGACAUCAAGGACGACAGAUCAGGUCCCCGCUGCCCCAUGCAGUCCGUGGGCCAGUGGCUGGACUCCAUCGGACUGGUCCAGUACGAGAACCACCUGCUGGCCAACGGCUUCGACAACGUCCAGUUCAUGGGCAGUAACGUAGUGGAGGAUCAGGACCUGCUGGAGAUCGGGAUUCUCAACUCGGCUCACAGGCAGCGUCUGCUGCAGGCCAUCCGGCUGCUCCCCAGGGUGCGGCCCAUCGGUUACGACGGCAACAACCCGACGUCGGUGGCGGAGUGGCUGGAGUCUCUGGAGCUGGGCGACUACACCAAGUCCUUCCUCAUCAACGGUUACACCUCCAUGGAGCUGGUGAAGAAGAUCUGGGAGAUUGAGCUGAUCAACGUGUUAAAGAUCAGUCUUAUCGGGCACAGAAAACGGAUUCUGGCCUCAUUGGGGGACCGGCUACACGAAGAAACCCCACAGAAACCUCCACGGGCCAUCUCCCUCAGGGAGCCCGGGGGAAACCACACUCCUCCCCAGCUCAGCCCCUCCGUAGGCCAGGCAGCGUACACGGCGGGGGUCCCCGGCGGAUCCUUGGACGUGCAGCAUCUCAUCAUGCAGGCGGACGCUCGGCGCAGGCAGCGCAGCAAUGACAACUACUUUGAGGACGUGCCGCGAUCCAAGCUGGAGCGACAGAUGGCUCAAGUCAGCAUGGCAGGUGAAUGGUGUGAGCCGAUAACGUUGCGUCCGCCCAACGAGGCCACGUCUUCCACGCCUGUGCAGUACUGGCAGCAUCACCCCGAGAAGCUCAUCUUCCAGUCAUGUGACUACGAAGCCUACUACCUGGGCUCCAUGCCGGUGAAGGAGCUGAGGGGGACCGAGUCCACACAAGACGCCUGUGCAAAGAUGAGGAAGUCGACAGAACAGAUGAAGAAAGUGCCGACCAUCGUGCUCUCCGUGUCCUACAAGGGAGUGAAGUUCAUCGACGCCACAAAUAAGAACAUGAUCGCAGAGCAUGAGAUCCGUAACAUCUCAUGUGCAGCUCAGGAUCCAGAAGAUCUGUCUACGUUUGCCUACAUCACCAAAGACCUCAAAUCCAGUCACCACUACUGCCAUGUCUUCACUGCUUUUGAUGUGAACCUGGCUUACGAGAUCAUCCUUACGCUGGGCCAAGCCUUCGAAGUGGCCUAUCAGCUGGCCCUGCAGGCGAGGAAGAGCGGUCACGGCUCGUCUACGCUUCCAGAAAGCUUCGACAGCAAGCCCAGCAAACCUGUCCCCAAACCCCGCGUCAACGUCCGCAAAUCAAUGGAGCAACCAUCCAUGGACCAGAAGGGCCACGCCAAUGUGCCGUGGAUUGUGGAGCCGGGCCAGGAGGCAAAGAGAGGAGUCAACACCAAGGCAAUGCCGGACGCUCAUGUCUAUUACUGUGGAAUGCAAAGAAUGUAGCCAGCCCUAAACAUGGAACUUUGUCACACAUACAAUGCAAAAAGGACUACAAAAGGACUACAAAAGCAUGGAUGCUACUCCACAUUGUUUAAGGUUGACUACAGAACUUUUAACAUUCAUUCCCACAACACUUGACACAGUAAACAUUGGACCAACAGACACACUAACGGGACUGCAGCCUGACAGACGACCGUCUGCUCUGAAUGUACACUUAUUUGAAAGCAGCCUCAACGUCCUGCAGCCACAGCUGGAUCUGUUUUUAUGCACCCCCACCUGAGAGGCGUGACCUUUUUUUGAACUUUUAUGUGGUCUGUAUCUCCGUGGAGACCGAGUUUGGUUACAGGGGCAUGUGUCAGUAUUGUUUUGGGUUGCAGGAAGUCUGGAUAGCCUUUUUUUUUUGUUGUUGUUUUGUUUUUUUCAGUGUCAGAAAAUAAUACAUAUGCACAAGCGUGGAAAAUGUGAUUGGACGUGCUGCAAGAGGUCUCAAAAUGAAUGAUGAGCCUAUGUGAACAAAACAGCAUCUAGAGUUUAAAAAAAAUAAAAGUAUUCUAUUCAUAUUGCCCGACAUUUUAAUAUUUAAUGAGAGUAUUAUAUGAUUAUGAUUAUUCUUGUGCAAUUCUUGUCUACUGUUGUCUUAAUGUUACAUUAUUUUUCUAUGAUAUGCUGAGAUGAAAAUCUUGGGCCUGAGAAUGGUGAAAAUCCUUUAAAAAAAUAAUCUGAAACUAGAUGUUCAUACUUGUACAGAGAGUGAAUGUUGCAGGUUGCUCGCUAACUCCCAGGUCAGGUCAACCUUCAUUUCUCAUGGGGCUCUACUCUUAUCUUGCAGAUGUACUAUUUUAAACGCAGUAUUACUGUAUUAUUUGGAUGAGACAUUAUCCAGUUAUAAAAUGUACAUAGAUAUUUUGCCAACUCAUUGUUCAUACAUGUAAUGUAAAGAGAAAAGAAUAAAGCAUUUGCAGUAAAUGGCACUGGAAACAAGGUACCAUAAUAAAAGUUGAAGAUAACAAAAAGUGGCAGAUUGUAUUUUGAGUGAAAACGUGGAUUAUUUGGAGACAUCACUGCUGAUCAACAAAUGUACAUAGGCUUGGGCUUCCAGCACACUGAUUUUUGUAGUUUUGGCCAUUAUUUAUAUCCUUGUAAAGCACAUGAAAUAAAAUCUGACUUGUACAACCAUAAUUUAUCUUUGUGAUUAAGUUGUCUGUUUUUUUCAUCAACAUGAAUGGUUUGCUAUGGAUUCAGGAGUAAGUGCAGAACUUUAAAGUUCCUCUGUAUCUGAGCUGGACCUCCCCGCAAGAUAUCCCAAACAUCAUGACCAGAUAUUAAAAA